AUGGGCAUCAAACGACCUCAUGCGUCAGUUGACGACAUUCAUCCCGACCGUGCAAGCCGCAUAGAAGGCGGCCCCGCACAAAAAAAGUACAAACAAGCACGGAAGAAUCAAGUAGACGCCGAUGGCUCGCUGGCGGCGGUCAAAAAGCGGGCGAGGAACAUCGAGCGCGCCCUGUCGAGGCAGAGCGCCUCGGAGAUGCCGCCCACCGUGCGCGCAGAGCUGGAGCGCGAGAUGUCUGCCCUCAAGUACAGGAUAGAGAGCCACCAGGAGAAGAAGCAUAGAAGCCACAUGAUUGGAAAAUACCACAUGGUCCGGUUUUUUGAGCGCAAGAAGGCACAAAAGCUCGUCAAGUAUGUGCGCAAGAAGCUUGACCAGGCCGAAGAUCCGGAGCAGAUUACCGAACUGAAGAAGGACCUGCACACGGCCGAAGUCGAUGUUAACUACGCCAUCUACUUUCCAUUCCUCGAGCGAUACGUCAGUCUGUAUCCAAACACGGACAAGUCAGAGAACCAGUCGGACGCGAAAUUGGCCCUGCUGCGGUCAGAAAGACAUCCCAUUUGGACCGAGAUUGAGCGGGCUAUGGAGUCUGGACCGAGUGCACUGCACCAGCUGCAAAAUCGCAAAUCAGCCAAAACCGCCACCAAGGCAACCAAAACCAAAGCCAACACCGCCAGCAAAUCUCGUGCGGAAAAAAUGUCGGGAGAGGCGUCCGACAAGAAGGGCAAGACAACUGUUACCAAGAAUUCUAAACAGUCUUCAGAAGCCCAGUUAGAUGAGAAGGAUGAAGAUGGGGAUGAGAGUGACACGGGAUUCUUCAAUUAG